AUGGCCUCCAUGGGGUUGCAGAUGGCCGGUUGCGCCUUGGCACUCUCCGGUUGGAUUGGGGUUCUCAUCGUCUGCGGCGCGCCCAUGUGGCGGGUCACGGCGUUCAUCGGUAACAACAUUGUGACCUCGCAGAUCAUGUGGGAGGGCAUCUGGAUGAGCUGCGUGGUGCAGAGCACCGGCCAGAUGCAGUGCAAGGUGUACGACUCCAUGCUGGCGUUGAGCAAUGACCUUCAGGGCGCCAGAGCUUUGGUGGUGGUUUCCAUUGUCGUCGGCAUUGUGGGACUCCUGAUUGCUUUCGUCGGGGGAAAAUGCACAAACUUCAUUCCGGAGGAGAAGGCCAAGGCCAGGGCCUCGGCGGCUGCAGGAGCCAUCCUGAUCGUCAGCGGAGUCCUCUGCCUCGUUCCCGUUUCCUGGACGGCCAGCAUCAUCAUCCAGGACUUCUACAACCCUCUGGUGGUGGAGGCGCAGAAGCGAGAGAUCGGGGCGUCUCUGUACAUCGGCUGGGGCGCCGCGGCGCUGCUCAUCCUGGGAGGGGGGUUUCUGUGUGCCAGCUGCCCCCCAAAAGAGGAAAACGCCCCCUCUGUGAAGUAUCUGCUGAACAGAUCGGGAGGAAACAGCCAAGGAGAAUCAUAUCGAUCAUCCUCACUGACGAAGACGUAUAUUUGAGACGACCCAGAAUUCGGACUGCAAAAACACAAAAUCUGUCCAAAUACUUUUGGUCUAGUUUCUACUGGAAACAUCUCGAUACACUUUAAAUAGGACAAAACUAACUUACAUGCAACUUUUCAUCAAGAUAUAGGAGCUGGUUUUUAGUAAAUAAUUCCCUAAUAUAGAUUUUUAGAAGCACUAUUUCCACUUUCACCUAAAGGAAGACAUUUUCCCAAGUUAGAGUGAAAUAAUCUGCCAAUGCAACUAGAACUUAAAUAACCUAAACAAGCUUCUGUAUCUUUCUGAAAAGUUACUUUUAAGUUAGUUUUGUCUUAUUUCAAGUGUACUUACAUACUUGCACUAUAAAUCCAACCAAAACUUCUUGGUAAGAUUUUGGUUUUUUGCAGUGAAGGACGACAUUCAAGCAGCAUGAAGAAAAAAAACACAACAAUUUUUCAACCUGAAGUGAAGGAAA